GGGCUGUUCUGCAGUAUCCUCCUCCCGGCCGGCAGGGGCUGUUCUGCAGUAUCCUCCUCCCGGCCGGCAGGGGCUGUUCUGCAGUAUCCUCCUACCGGCCGGGCCGGGCGGGACGGUGGUGCUCUGGAGAAUCCUCCUCCCGGCCGUCAGGGAGUGCUCUGGAGAAUCCUCCUCCCGGCCGGCAGGGGGUGCUCUGUAGUAUCCUCCUCCCGGCCGGUGUGACGCCAUCAACGUGCGCCGCGCUGUAACCCGGGCAGUUGUUGUCGCUCUGAUGCCGAUGUCCGAGUGACCGGGGCCUAGUUAUUGCUCCGCUCCGCCAGUUUGCUGCGAUGCCGCUGGGUUACACGCCAGAGGAGAAGGCCCGGUUCCAGCAGCUGGUGAACCUGCGCCGCCGGUGGCUGAAGGACCAGGAGCUGAGCCCGCGCGAACCCGUCCUUCCGGCCGAUAGCAAAGGGGCCGUGGGCCGGUUCUGGGAGGGAUUCCUACAGCCGCGGAGCCUCUGGAGAAUUUAUACCUAUAAGACAUGCAACGCAGGCUGGUGGACUUUGACUCGGUUGCUGAUUCCUGCCUGGGUUGUCCAUUACUACGUGAAGUACCAUGUUGAAGCUAAACCAUAUGGCGUUGUGUGUGUGAAACCAAAAAUUUUCCCGGGUGACACAAUAUUGGAGACGGGAGAAGCUAUUCCACCAAUGCAGGAGGAUGAGCAGAAUGGGCACCACUAAUCAGAGGACAUUAUGGAUGUCUAGCAUCAAUGGUUAUACAAUUAAGUUCAGAGGAAAGGCACAGAUACAGUUGCUCCAUUUGAAAGAAUUAUUUAUCAUUAAAUGCUGAUUUACCAAGA